UAGUUUCAGCAAGAUUCCGUAGGCCUGCAACCGCAACGACAUAAAAAAAAAGAGGAGAUAAAGAUCUAUGACAUAGAGACAAAAAGCCUUCAUCAAAGAGUAUGGAACCAACCACCAAAAUGUCAUGGAUUCCAAACCUUUCACAAUCAUUAUUUGAAAGCAUAGGCAACGUUUUCUUCGAAUGGUUGCAUAUGUUUCCAAGGCUGACCUCCAAAUCAUUCAAAAGCUUCCUAUCUUUAUAUCACCCACAGGCUUAUUUAUUGAAUGCUCGGAAGCAACUUCUCUACUGCUAGAAGCAUAAAAUGGAAGGAGCGGCUGCUGCUGAUGGAUGCGAACAGAGGAGUUACUGGAGAUGUAGGAAAGAGGACUUCUUCCCGGAGAAGUCCUUCGAAAGCUGGUCGAAUUACCGGACCGCCCUCCGCCAGACCGGCCACCGGAUCCUGGACCGGCUCGUCGGCCGGUCCGAUGAGGGAACGGAGCUCAAGAAGCUGAGGGAGCAGAGCGAGAACGAGAUGAAGCGCUGCCUCAACUGGUGGGACCUGACAUGGUUCGGGUUCGGCUCGGUCAUCGGGGCAGGAAUCUUCGUCUUGACAGGACAAGAAGCCCACGACCAUGCCGGACCGGCCAUAGUUCUCUCGUACGUCGCGUCGGGUAUCUCCGCCAUGCUCUCGGUCUUCUGCUACACCGAGUUUGCGGUCGAAAUCCCGGUGGCAGGGGGCUCAUUCGCAUAUUUGAGAGUAGAACUGGGGGACUUUGCGGCGUUCAUAGCAGCGGCCAACUUGAUUCUCGAGAGCAUUAUCGGCACCGCGGCGGUGGCAAGGUCUUGGACCUCGUACUUCACCACACUACUAAAUUUACCCGCGAAUUCUCUAGUAAUCCACACGAACCUCGCCAAGGACUUCAAUCUCUUAGACCCCCUCGCAGUGGCGAUCCUCAUUAUCACUUCGACGAUGGCCAUGAUAAGCACUAAGAAGACCUCUUAUUUCAAUUGGAUCGCGUCGGCAGUCCACUCCUUGGUCAUAGCGUUUGUUAUCGUCGCCGGAUUCGCCCAUGCCAAGACUAGCAAUCUCAAACCCUUUCUCCCUUUCGGCGUCCAGGGUGUUUUCCGUGCAGCUGCAAUUGUCUACUUCGCUUAUGGUGGAUUCGAUAACAUCGCCACCAUGGCCGAAGAAACAAGAAAUCCUUCGAAAGACAUACCAUUAGGACUUCUCGGGUCCAUGUCGAUAAUUACGGCAAUAUAUUGCCUCAUGGCCCUUGCACUAAGCAUGAUGCAGAAAUAUACCGACAUCGAUCCAAACGCAGCUUACUCUGUGGCCUUUAAGAGUGUGGGCAUGAAGUGGGCGCAGUACCUCGUCGCGCUUGGUGCUCUCAAGGGGAUGACCACCGUACUUCUCGUCGGAGCCCUGGGGCAAGCUAGGUACACAACUCACAUAGCUAGAAGCCAUAUCAUACCACCAUUGUUUGCUCUCGUCCACCCGAAAACCGGAACGCCUAUUUAUGCCACUCUUCUUAUUACCGUCGCGAGUGCAUGUAUUGCCCUUUUCUCAAGCCUCGACGUAUUGGCGAGCCUUCUCUCCAUAAGCACACUCUUCAUCUUUAUGAUGAUGGCCACCGCGCUUCUCGUGAGGAGAUACUAUGCGCGAGGGGUCUCCUCUCGCCUUCAUCUGAUAAAGCUGGUUAUCUGCCUGCUGAUAAUUAUUGCUUCUUCAAUGGCGACUUCGGCUUAUUGGGGAUUAAGACCACACGGGUGGAUCGGGUACUUGGUAACUAUCCCUCUUUGGAUACUCGGAACACUUGGGAUUCAAUUGUUUGUGCCGCAGUGCCAGAAACCAAAAGUGUGGGGAGUGCCAUUAGUUCCUUGGUUACCGUCCCUGUCAAUUGCGACGAAUUUGUUCCUCAUGGGUUCUUUAGGAUCUCAGGCAUUCAUAAGGUUCGGUCUCUGCACGGGAAUAAUGAUGAUCUACUAUGUGUUCUUCGGAGUCCAUGCAACUUAUGAUAUGGCCCAUGCACACCCUGAUGAGGCGUUAACAAAGCAAGCAGAGAAGAAGGGGGACAUGGAGAAAGCAUCAGCAGAGCUCUGAAACACUGCAUAUUUACGUCCUUUUCGUUUUAUUUCACGGCUUAGUUCAAAGAUAAUCCAUAAACAAAAUGUCUUUUUAUUUCGCUGCUUUCCAUAAAGAUAGUGAGCAAUUGAUGAAGAGAUGACUAUUAAGCUGUAUUUUCAUUUCAACUUGAAGUAUGAAUCUGUCAAAUACAUGACUCAGUUCUUUCUCUCA